UCAGCUGGUGGCGGUAGCACUGCUCCAAACGCAAAAUGGCGAAUGUGCGUGACAGCGAUACGUCUUUAUGGUUACACAAUAAACUCGGAAUUUCGAACGAUUCCUGGACGGGGGGCUCAAUAUGCUCGCAAUUGAACGCCGAAGUGUUACGCAAUAUCAAAGACUGUUUUCCCGAUCUUCAAACACAAGUGAAAUUAAAGCUUUUGUUGAGCUUUUUUCACAUCCCGCGCAGGAACCUCGAAGAAUGGAAGUUAGAGUUGGAGCAAAUCCUCGAUGUGGCCGUCGCAGAUUCGGAAUUGUGGGUCGCGAUGUUAGCUGAGGCUUUAAAGACGUAUCCUUCGACUGGGUCUUUGAACACAGAAAUUUCAGAUUUGGACGAAGUGAGACCAAUCUUCACAGAUUUAGUUACAGAUCUUCGGAAACUAGUUCGCAAACAAGCUGAGAAUGUUAUGCUACCAAUGGAGUGCCACUAUUUAAAUAAAUCAGCCCUUGUCUCUGUUGUUGGUCAUAAACCAGAGCCUACUAAACAUUUCACCAUCAAAAAGAAACAAAAAUCGGCGACUUUACGAGCUGAUUUAUUACAAAAGUCAUCAGAUGCUGCAUCUAAUCUCAAAAAGUCGUCAGCUCCGGUCAUUCCAGUGCGUUCAAGAGGCAUGCCGCGUAAAAUGACUGAUACAACACCCCUGAAAGGAAUCCCAAGUAGAGUCCCCACAUCGGGCUUCCGAUCCGGCGCAUUAAACAAUAAUAUAAACAAUCGGCCUCCAUUGGCCCGCCCCCCGGCCGGACGUAAAGAAGGCGGAGUUAAACUUCUCGACAUCGCUGAUCAACCUCUCGGAUACGCUGCGGCUAAAAAACGCAAAAAGAUGCAAGAAAUUGAAGAUGCGAAGAAGAACACAGAAAACGCUGCCUUACAAAGCCCCCCGCCUGUUUCAGGCACUACCACUACUCCCGAUUACGCAGCUGGCCUAAGCUCCACCCCGGCAUACGCCCCUCCCACGCCACAACCCAUUCUCACACCGACCACCGCGUCUUCCAUUUUGACAACUGUGGCAACGGCGCCAGUGACCACAGUAACGACGGCACAAAUUGCAACACCCACUGUAAAACUGGCAACAGUGGCGGCUACACAGUUGCCAACUAUGCGACCUGUGCCGCCACUAUUGGCAACUACGCCAACUGGACAGAGGACGAUUUUAACGGACCAAUCCGUGAAGGCUGUGGGACAAGUGUCAAAUAUUGCGAUUGCGCAGAGGACGACUCAGGCCACGCCUACUGUGACGCAUAUCAGGAUUCAGCCACAGACGACGUCAAAUGCUUUGCAAAGGCGGGGGCUAGCCUUAACGAGGGAGCAAAUGUUGGAAGCUCAGGAUAUGUUCAGAACUGCGAACAAAGUGACAAGACCCGAGAAGGCGUUGAUUUUGGGAUUCAUGGCAGGAUCAAGGGAUAAUCCUUGUCCUCAUUUAGGGAAUAUUGUUACUAUUAAGUUGUCAGAGGAUCAGGAAAAUGUCUUGCAACCUGACGAUACUUAUCUCACUAUGGUGGCAGAGACUCAUUUCCAGAUGAAUUACAAUAAUGGAGAGUGGAAAAGGAUAAAAAAGUACAAACAUAUUGAUAAUGUUGUUAAUCAGAUGCCACAAAAUGCACCAGCUCCUGCUGUCAUUGGGAAUUAAGAGAUUUUUUGUUAUUUAUUUAAAUAUAAGAAUUGUGUUUUUUAUUGUAAUUCGUAAGAAAGAAAUAUUUAUUUACGAUUUAUAAAGUUUAAAAAAAAAUCGAAUGUAACGUUAUGUUAGGUGACCAGUUUGAUAAACUGGACGUUAAGUUUGCUGUACAUAUUUUGUAAAUAUUCUAAUUUGUAAAUAACUGAAUAAAAAGCUAAGCGCCA